AUGCCCCUCGAUAUCCGUGAAUACCUCGCACCGUUUCUGCACUGCGUUUUAAUCUUCUCCGCGUUCCGCCUCGCCAGCACUAGUACCUUGCAGUCCGUAGUCCAACCUCUGAACUGGCAAGCUCCUGUCGGCGUCAAUCGCAGCGCGUAUGGCUCCACUAAUCUCAGCACUGCAAUUCCCGUUACCAGUCCCGACAAGCUCGACUUCAACGGAGCGUUUGAGGAAGAUGAUUUCGGGGAAGUUAAGGAGGCAGAUCGGCAUCCCCGCGAGCUGAUGGCGAUCUCGCUAGGGCACAGCCGCAACGCGACUGCGGACGCCAAGAAGCUGCAGAUCGCAGACGCGCUUCGCUACCCCGUCUGUCCACGCGUACGAGGUCGCGUGCGGGUGAACGUGGGAAUGGACACGGUCGGGACGGUGUGGAAGGGGUGGGGCACGUCUCUUGCAUGGUCCGGGCGGUACAUAGGCGGACUGCCGUGGCGGCGGCGCGAGUACCUGCUCGACCUGCUCUUCCACGCGCGCAAGGGGCUGGGGCUCACCAUUGCGCGCUACAGCAUCCCCGGGGGCUACGACCCCCGCUACAGCCCGCGCCUGGCGCAGCGGGACGUGUUCCGCGGGUACAGCAGCGCGCGCGGGCGCUACAACUGGACGGGCGACUGGCGGCAGGUGGAAGCGCUGCGCGGCGCGAAGCAGCGCGGCGUGGAGGUAUUCGAUGCGGUGUGCGACUCGCCACCCUGGUGGAUGACCAAGUCUAACGACACGGCGGGGAACGCGGACGGGCAGCCGAAUAUUAAUCCUGAUUACUACGACAGCUACGCGGAGUACGUCGCGCGCGUGGUUUGGCACCUGCAGAACGAUCUGGAUAUUAAGUUUCAGAGCGUGUCGCCUUUUAACGAGCCGCUGGAGCCGUGGUGGGUGAAAGGCGGCGUGCGCGAGGGGUGCGCGAUGAGCGAGAGCGACAUCGCACAGGUGCUGGGGAAGCUUCGCCCGCGACUGGAGCAGUAUGGGCUGGGCGACGUUUUCGUCGCAGGGGUCGACAGCUGGCCGUCGCAGACCUUUCGUGCAAUAUCGCGCGUGUUCGCGCAGAACAGCGACAAUGACCCUAUCACCUGGGCUGACGUGGACAACCCGGAGCCACUGAAGCCGCGUGCGUUGUCUGCUACCUGGCUGUAG